GCCUGUUGAUAUGCCUUCUAUUUUUUGCGAGAGUAACACUUAAAUUGUAGCUUUUUAAAAUCACAUUGCAAGCAACUCCACUCACUGACCAAAUUUCGAGUUUACAAUGGACAAGGACGAACGCGAAUACUGGCAUCUUCGAUCCUUAUACAACGAGGACGUGCCGCGCUUUCCUCCAACGAACGUGGCUGACCCACUGACCGCUCGCAAUCUGUUCCAGCUGUACAUAAACACCUUCAUUGGCGCCAAUCUGGCCGAGUCGUUUGUCUUUCCCCUGGACGUGGCCAAGACCCGGAUGCAGGUGGAUGGCGAGCAGGCGAAGAAGACGGGCUCCGCGAUGCCCACUUUCCGGGCCACUCUUAGCAACAUGAUCAAAGUGGAGGGCUUCAAAUCGCUCUACGCCGGCUUCUCGGCAAUGGUCACCCGCAACUUCAUCUUCAACUCGUUGCGCGUGGUCUUGUACGACGUCUUCCGGCGUCCCUUCCUCUACCAGAACGAGCAGAAGGAGGAGGUGAUCAAGGUGCACAUGGCGCUGGGCUGCAGCUUCGCGGCGGGCUGCAUUGCCCAGGCACUGGCCAAUCCCUUCGACAUCGUCAAGGUGCGCAUGCAGACGGAGGGCCGCCGCCGCCAGCUGGGCUACGAUGUGCGGGUGAACAGCAUGGUGCAGGCCUUCGCGGACAUCUACAGGAGCGGCGGACUGCCCAGCAUGUGGAAGGGCGUGGGUCCCAGCUGCAUGCGAGCCUGCCUCAUGACGACCGGCGACGUGGGCAGCUACGAUAUCAGCAAGCGCACCUUCAAGCGCCUGCUGAACUUGCAGGACGGCCUGCCACUGCGCUUCCUGUCCUCCAUGACCGCCGGACUCACAGCCUCCGUGCUCAGCUGUCCGGCGGACGUGAUCAAGUCGCGGAUGAUGAACCAGCCGGUGGACGCGAGCGGCAAGAACCUCUACUACAAGAACUCCAUCGAUUGCGUGAGGAAACUGGUCAGGGAGGAGGGUGUCCUCACAUUGUACAAGGGCCUUAUGCCCACUUGGUUCCGCCUGGGACCCUUCUCGGUGCUGUUUUGGCUCUCCGUGGAGCAGCUGCGUCAGUGGGAAGGCCAGAGUGGAUUCUAGCAGCAGACUUUCAGUCUUGGUAUCAUAUUUUGUAUGUCUUCUAACGUGUAAUAAAAAGUUGCAGACCAACCUU